UGGCUUAACUCACGAGUCUCACAGGAAGGAUGUUGAACAGGUCUACCUCCGCUGUUCGGAAGGGUCCAUAGAGUGGAUGUAUCCCACGGGAGCACUCAUUGUCAACCUGCGACCCAACACUUCACCUGCCUCUUACAAACACUUGACUGUUUGCAUAAAGCCCUUCAAGGACUCUGCAGGAGCAAAUAUUUAUUUGGAAAAAACUGGAGAACUGAAACUCUUGGUCCGAGAUGGAGAUCGCAGGCCUGGUAAAGUCUACUGCUUCGGCUACGAUCAGGGGGGUCUGUUUGUCGAGGCCACUCCUCAGCAGGACAUUAGCAGGAAGAUUACGGGCUUCCAGUACGAAUUGAUGAACAAGGCGAUAGCAUCUGAUUUGCACACAGUUUCUG